ACUGACAGAGCAAUAAAGCCGCGCUAAAGACAUAGGUUGGGUAUGCAUCAUGACCGCCCCACCUGACCCAACACCAGCCAAGCUCACCACGCAGCCAGAGUGAGUGGGACUACUCCUGCGACUUCCGGCGACCAUGUGACACGAUUCAUGCUUGUGCUCAGCCCCGCGCCCUACACCGCACCUCAUGGCGGCUGAGUAGGCUGUAGUUAUCCCUCACCUGGACCCUUGCAUCGCUCUCUCAUCUCUGGACGCACCAAUGACACCUCAUACUCUCAUUCCUUGGUGGCGUGAGAAAGGGGAGGAGGAAGACGAGGAAGUUGGCGGUGGUGCAGGUCGGCCGCCCCCCGGAUGCCCACGCCCUUUGCACCACUCACCGCAGAAUCACAUAUAUUUCGCCUUAACUCGCUGGGCUGUUCUCUCCUGCUGGAGCGUGUGGCGUGAGACAGGCCGGCGCCGCGACAGACACUCAGUCUUGGGCGUUGACAGAAUGGGCGGCAGCCGGCACCACCACGCCAUGCCUCGCCAUAGCGCCUCGCCCUCAGCAGUGUGGCAUCCUUGUGAAAGCAAUGAAAAUGCGCUGAGUAAAGAUAGUGAGGGAGAUGACUGCAUGGGAGUGUCCGACAGCUCAGCGGCGGCAGGGCGUGUAAGCAGCGGCGCCUCAGUGAACGGCGAGGCGGCGGCUGCCCGGCGGUGGCUCGCCCCUCCCGAAGCUAGCGGCUUCCCUUACUCCAGUGGGCGAGGGAGCUGGUCUCCACCGCCAUCCAUGUCUACGCAUCAGAUAAGGACUUCCCCCACGCCCUCACCCUCCGCCCGCUGUGCUCACUCCCCAGUUCUGCUCAAAAUGGGCGUCCCUCCCUUCCUCGUGUGGGUGGUGCUCCUCGCCCUGGCAGGCCUGGGCGGGCGGGUGGGUGUGAUGGCCUCGGAAUUCCCUGAUCGUGAGUGUUGUGACUCUGCCCCGCCCCCGCCGCCCCACUACCACACCACCACCUCCACCACGCCAGUGCCCCUCGUCCGCACCUUGUCCACCACCACCACGCAGCCCCCGCCAAGCUUCUUCCCCAUCGCCUCCAUAUCCCCUACAGGGGAGGGCGUGGCAGGGGUGAGGAACUGCCUGCUGGCGCGACAACUCUGUGAUGACGACAUUUCCUGCCGUUCCGUGCUGGAGAUCAUCCCGCGAGUGUGUGGUCCGGAGAGUGUUGCGUGCUCGACAGUGACAGUGAACAAGUGCCUGGCCGCCCUACGCACCAUCCUGGGCUUCCCUUACUUCCAGCCCACCUGUCUGUGCCGCGAGCCUCACCUGGACCGGGAGUGCAAUGUCUUCAGGUUCAUCUUCGACCACCCGUGCAACUUCGUGGAGAACAGGAACGAGUCCCCUUACGCCGUGCACGCCCUACCUCUGUGCGAGUACGCCCUCACCACCUGCGAGAAGCUGCCGGGGUGCAUGAACCUGUACGAUGACUUCAGGAACGCUUGUAAGGUGAAGGACGACCAAUGCAGAAUGACCGACACGAACAAGUGUCUCUCGGCCUGGACCAAACUCAAGAUGUCCCCGAUGUUUGGCUGCAUUUGUCCCAACGACCGACAGAAACGCAAGUGUGAGAAGAUUUUCAGAAGGGUGCAUAGGAAUCCCUGCGUGGAUGAGUUUCCUGCCUCCUCUGCACUCCCCUCUCCCGGCCAGGGGGUGUGGAGGCAAAUGCUGCCCCCACCCCCCACGCCUCGGCCACGCCUCCCUCCUCUCAUCCCUCCCCCUCCCCGCCCUUACCACUUCCCCCGUCCCCACACACCCUGGGCUGCCGUCCCCUUCCCCCCGCAUGUCACCUCUGUCACCGCUCGGCCCCAACCUGCAUAUUCGGCACAAACGCACAAUGUACUCACCGUAGAACGCCACACCACCACCACCUCCUCCUCGCGGACCGCCGGUAACUCUCAUGGGUCAUUUCCAGUCAGCGUUAUUCCCUCCGAUAACUCGAGCCGCCACGUCGUCGACACCCAAAUACAAAACCCCCUGAUGGAGACUGGCCAAGGAGGAGGGCGGCGACAGAACGCCUCCCGUGCCGCCAACGUGCUGGGUAAUGCUUACGGCCUUCAACCCACCGACCCGCACGCAAGUCACAAUCCGCUGCCUGUUAGCCGCGCCCCCGCCCUCCAUUCCACGUGCCACACCGCCCUGCAGGCCUGUAACAAGGACAAAGCGUGCAGGCGCCUCCUCGACCCAGUGCUGGCCGUGUGCGACACCAAUCAGUGCAACAGGGAGGCUUGCAUGAACAACGUGCAGACCUUCUACAGGAAUGUCGUCUUCAAGUGGGCUCUGGAGGUGGCCUUCUGUCUCUGCAAGAAGAGCAGCGAGGUAGUGGAUCAGUGCAUGGUGGCCCAGGAGAAGCUUCACCCUUCCUGUGCUCGCAAGCCUGCUGGAUCCGCCCCGAUGUUGUGUAGCCGCCUCGCUGCAGCCUGCAAGGAAGACCCCACGUGCAGACCGCGUUUGGAAUUCUAUGAGCAAGCCUGUGCGGUGGACAGCGACACGCAGCGGUGUGCUGGCUCCACUGCGGAAUGUCGCCGCGCAGUGCUCGGCAUAUUGGGCACACAGCUUCGCAACCUCUGUACCUGUGCCGCGUCAGACCCCAGGGAGACCUUCACUUGCAUGGACUGGCAGCGCAUCCUUUGGUACAACCCUUGCGUCGUGGAGUCUCAGACGGACUAUCACCGCGAGAUGCUGUCUACGGUGGGCCCUGGAGUGGAGGUGGUCACCACGAGUAGCAUCUUCAUGCCCACCACGGUCACCAUGGACCCGAUCAAUGGGGCAGUGAAGGACAACGGCAACCACUUAGAACCUACCGUCAUCCAUCCGACCUUCUCCAGCCCCUCCUACUACAGCACACCCAUCUUCAAGCCACGGCCCACCAAGGACUACCAGCAAUACAUCACUUCCUCAACAACCACCACCACCACCACCACCACCGUUGCCACUACCCUGCCACCUAAGUACUGCGAGAAGCGACACGCCAAUGAUGACACGAUAGACUUCAUUGAGGAAGGCUGGGGCAAGAGAUUCUACAAGGGCGAGGAAUGCUCCGAGCUCUGCCUCUGCCACGCCGAGGAGAAACUUGCCUGCAGUGUCCUGGAGUGUGUGGAGGCGCGACCCUGCGAGACAGAUUACGCUGUGUACACCCACGCUGCCCCCGCCUACCAAGCCGCUCGCGGGGAAUGUUUCUGCUACUCCGGUGCUUUUAUCUGCGUGAGACCGCCCAAAGGGAGCUACGACCUCCACUUCGGGGUGUUCCUGUUCCUGGGUUACAGCAAGGCGGAGGAGCAGCUUCUCAAACCUUACACCAAGAUCUCCCUCGUGGACGCCGCUAUGGAUAAGCUGGGAAACAAGGUCCAGGAGUUAGCUUCGAUAGUCAAUGGGCGUGACCGGAGAGUAACUGACCCGGACUUCAAACAGACCAAGUCCACGUGCCAGCUGGAGCGUCUGCUGCACGAUAACGAAAACAUCAUCAUGCAGGCCACGCUGGAAGAAUACGACGACAUGAGGGACAACAUGUCUUUCGCAAUGCUGGAGAGAGAGAAGCUUGCCUGUGAGGAGAGCGUGACCGAGCUGAGUCAGAUGAUCAACUUCCACUCUCCGGAGGUUCGGGAGGACAUGGCCCUGUCGGUGUUCAUCCUUGCGGAGGUGCAAGUACACAUGCCCCCCAAACCGGAUUGCGCCUCCCUGAGCUGCUGCUCGCCUCCUCUCCUGCUGCUCCUCGCCGCUCUUGCAUCACUGCACCACACGCUGCUGGCAUCCUGAUACAAGUGGCUGCCUAUGCUUUCAGUUUAUUAGAGUUGCCUAGGUAGCAUUUUGUUACUAAGUUGUGCAUUUGUAAAGUGCAUGAUGAGGUCAGUUGCCCCAGGAGAGGGCGAAGGAAGCACCUUGUGGCCAGUGACUUCCAAGGACCCUGUCAACCUUUGUACCAUUUUGUACCUCACCAAAUCGCCUCACCGGCCUCUGGCCAGUCCCCGUGCCCCGUCGCGUCCCUCAGGGCCUCCACACAGGCCCGCGGCGCAGGGGACAAACCCUUUACAGAACAUUUUUGCAACAUGAUUAGUUCAUCAACUGAUAUUUUUUAAUGAUUUACAAGUUUGACUUUUUUAAGCAUUAAGGAAAAAAUGUGCAUAAGAACAUGUUUUUGGUUUGUUGGACACUCGGAUUCUACUGAAGUGGUUUACAUGGGAUGUGUUAGUGAAGGAGGAGGGAGUGUUGGUGGCGUGCUCACUGCCUUACUGUACCAUUCCCCGAGCCUCAGAGACCCGCGCUCUUGCGGCUCUCGAGUGCUCUCACCCGCGGUGGAUAAUUUUGUUUUGUUGGUCACUCUCCACUUAUUCAUUUCCGCCAUCACCAGCGUGCAGGGGACCACACAACUCUUUCUGCCAGCUUGACUUCCAGUAAAUAACUCCAUAUCCUAAAUUGUUAAAACUUUGAAGUGAGUCAAUGUGUAGUUCAAGUACUGUCAAAUAAGUAUCAGGAGACACUGUGGAGGAGAAAGGUUGUGUGCCUCAACGGUUGGUUGAGCCGUCCAGCAGUGUGACUUUGGGAGCCGCCGGCGCCCCACACCCAGACUGACAGAACGACACAAGAACACCGGCACACCAGCCACACUCACCCUACAUCCACUGCUUUAUAUUGGACUUUUACAAGAAUAUGAACAAAUUGGUCUUAAAAUGAUACGGCUUUCCUUGUUCCGUUGAGAAAUGAGAGUGCUGAGCGGUGAUCUGCAGCACGCAUUGCCUUAUAAAUUUUGUAAAUGUUCCACUCACUCCUCCCUUGGAAGUGUACUACAACACUGUGACAGCGAGAAUCACCGUCACCUUCCCGGACCAGCAGUUCUCCCCACCCGCCGUCUUGUGUGUUGUUGUUUUCAGGUUUGCAGCAGUUUUCUGUUACUCUGCCGCAAACACUAUCUCGGUAUUUUCACUGAGUUUUAGAGUUGUUGUUUUUGUUUUAUCCAACAACUAUUAUGUUGAUGGUAUUAUUAUAAGAUUUUUUAUUGUUAGAUAGGCUGUAUAAGCUUGUCGACAUAAAAGUGUAAACUGUAUAUUCAGCAAAAUGUUACACUGCCUCAGGUCAAGGUGGUGAGUGUCUGUCCGGCUCGUCCGCCACUCUCAUCUAGGAUGACUUGCAUCUCUAAAAUUGUAAACAUUCAUGGAUUUUAUUUCGGGGAUUGUAACGUAACAAGUGACCGUGAUUAGGAUACACUUCCCAGAUCAUAAUUCUGAAGGCGCAUAUGGCGGUGCUCGCACGCGCCAAAUCCUGUCAGGUAUAGCAGCCGCGGAGCUGCGCCGUGCGCGAACGCCGCGACAAACUCACCACCCUGGCGGUGGCGGGUGUCUGCUCAUGUACAGAAGUUAACUAGUGUCCCUACGGUGGGUUUUGCUGGCAGUUUACCUCUUACAGUCACCACAGUUUCAACUUUAUGAUUUUUGAGACUAAGGUUGAUUUUUUUUUUCUUUUUUACCUGCUCAUAGUUACCAACUCUUCGUUUGCAUGUGGUUCGAGGUUCUGCAGAGUCACAGCUCGUGCCUCAUCAGCGGCACUGCGACACUGCAGGACACGGACUCAGCCGAAAUAUAUAUAAAGUGUUGACAUGCGAUAUUUUCUGAACACAUGUGUUGGUCCUUCAGAAGCAGCAACACGUGAGGGGGGAGCCGCGGCCAGCCGUUUCGGCGCGUCGUGUCCGGCCAGCGGGAUGUACCGCCCUCCGCCAUAGUGGGCGGCGGCGCCCCGCGGCACGAGAGGGCACUUGCCUCUAUUAUUAUUUUGUAAAGUAAAUAUUCCUAAGUGAAGCAAACUGUUGUUGGAGCAGCACAAAAGUUUAUCAAGACAUAAAAAGAGAUAGCCUAAAUGUUCUGUAAAUAUUGUAGCAUAAAUAUAUAUAUUGUUAUGUACAUGGAAAUGUACAAUUUCACGUUGAAUAUUGUAUUACAAGAUACAGAAAUGUGUACUGUACUUCUCUAUUCAAAAGGUUUCACUGGAUUAGCCCGACACUCACUCGGCGAACAGACACCACGUAUCCCACACUCAUGACAGUAGUACCGACACAAGAGCCAGCCUGUCCCCGGGCGGCUGUGCUGCUGCUGUUCCUACUUCAGGCAAGGCUGCUUGCCUACCUAGGACGUGCACCUACAACUCUCCACCUUAACACUCGCCCUGUGCCCCUCACAACUGUACAUAAUGGAGAACUCGGCCUCGUAGCAUCUCGGUCACGCGCAGCCUCGGGCACCGGAGCCUCGCCACCACAGCCACUCGUGUGUAGGAAGGACACUAUUCAGCCCAAUGUUGUUGGAACGUAGAUGGGUUUGUUUCCAUAAUUCAUACUCUAGAAACACAAACUGCAUUGUUAAUGUCUGUGUGUACCCGUUGUGAUGGGCGAGUGAGUUAGAGGACUCCUUCAGGUUACUGACACAGCCGCCCUGUGCCCGAGGGCGUCAGCAUUGUGGGGAAGUUCUUGGCCUGAAAGGAAAGGAGAUCCUGGACCCUGAACCGAACCUACGUGAGGCCGAGUUUUCCGCCAGACUGGCACUGAACAACGGUACAUGCCAGUGUCUUUCCUGUUAUGCAUUUUUCCCCAUUUUCCUUCCCUGAUUGUUUGUUUCUUGAUAAUGACUUACCAUUUUCUCCUCCUCCCACCGACUCUCGUCCUCGAGGUGUUUGGUGCACAUUCCUGCUGAAGAGUCCCGCGUCAGGUCCCGUGUAUCCUCGUGUUCCAUCAGUCAGGGUUUUGCUACGUGGUGAUCCAUGUAAUCGUUUCCUCUCGUUUCCCUCGCCCUUGAGGACUGCAUGUUUGUUUUGUAUUUAAAGUUGACGUAAAACUGCGCUUAGGAAGAAGGACAUGAACGAAACAGCCACAGUGUUGCUUAGUGCGAUGGGCUGAAUAUGACGCUCUCAUGAGCGCGAGGCAAUCCAGGCAGUUCCCGAAGGGUGGUGGCUGCCGACCACUAUUCUGUUUAGUAUUCGAUCUUUCUUGGUAAUACUUUUCCUGUAUUUUGUACUGUGAGCUUUCUAUUUUUUGUGCUGUUAGUUACUAAAACCCCAUUGUUAUUAUUGUUAUCAUUAUCAUACUACUACUACUACUACUACUACUACUACUACUACUACUACUACUACUACUACAACCACUACUGCUAUUUUAUUGUUAUUAUUAUUAUUACUAUUAUUAUUAUUAUUAUUAUUAUUAUUAUUAUUAUUAUUAUUAUUAUUAUUGUCAUCAUCAUAGCCACCAUUACUAUAACUAUUUCAUCUUUAUAAUCGCUGUCAUUCGUUUUGGUGUAAUCUCUCACUACGUCUGGGCACAGCUGUGGGAGACGCAAACCUCACAUCUCCCCAGCGAUUGAUGUUGAUCAGUAACAAGGAUUAGCAGCUCCCCAGAUUGCCCAGGCCACGCGGAUUCUGGUAGUGAUCAGAUUGGCGGCUCCUCACUCACGUCUCACCGGGUUUGAAUGCACACAGAAUUUGCAUUGGGACUUCCGUUCGUCACUUGGUUAGCCCCGGGUUGGUCACAUCACACCGUCAUGAGCACCUUGUGGUUAUUGCUGGAGAAUUUUUUUAGCUUGUGCAUAAGACAGUAGUUAAAUGUGUGAACCAGUCCGUCUUGUAAUGGUAGUAUGAUAAAACCAGUCAUGUAGCUCUGUAAUUGUGUUUUUCAAAGCGGUCGUUUGCCUUCAUUUAGAUGGCGGGCUAAAUCGUCGAGAUGUGUGUGUGCUAAGGGCAAUGCUGAGACGGGUAGGGUGUGACAGGUGCAUUAGACCUGUGAGAGGUGUACGGGAUCUGCAGUGUGUGUGUGUGUGUGUGUGUGUGUGUGUGUGUGUGUGUGUGUGUGUGUGUGUGUGUGUGUGUGUGUGUGUGUGGCGUCUGAUUAGUGGAAGAGAGACCACUGCAGAUGCAAGCGAAAAUGGAUGAUAUGGGAAGCGUCAAUAAACUCUACAGUAGAUUAAAGCAGUAUAAGGAGUCUUGUGUGUGUGUGUGUGUGUGUGUGUGUGUGUGUAUCAGUGUGUCACCGGUACGCUUGUGAGGAGCCAUGAAAAAAUAGAGUUCAUGCAGAAAAAGCCAGUUAUUGAGCCACUUCAUACUCAUGCUUGGAGGGGAACCUAGCCCCUCCCACUCCCAUCUAACCACCAGAGUCCGCGCCAGGGCCAGGCUGGGGCGAGAACAUUGUUAGAUUAUUAUUUUUGUAUCAAUGAAGGAAGGGAAAACAAUCUUCUGUGGCUUCGAAAUACUGUUGUCUUCAUCUCAUCUAAAUGAUUUUCUCUCUCUCUCUCUCUCUCUCUCUCUCUCUCUCUCUCUCUCUCUCUCUCUCGUUUCCCUGCGGCGGUGCGUGAUAUGGUAUCGUGGCCAGCCUGUGAUUUACUCUGCAUAUCUGUAAGUAAUAUACGUCGAGGAUUCCUCCGCGCAAUGUCUUGGUGUAGAGGAGGAGAGGACGCCAGCCGUAGGCGACACUGUUCUCCCUAAAAUGCUUUAUAUUUCCCAUUUCUCAUUUUUUAUUAUUGUUAUUAUUAUCAUGAUAUAAGCCUUUUUUAGUAAUUCAUUCAGCCAAACUUGAUUUAUUUCUAGAAGAGCAUUGUGAACUGUGUUGUAAAAAUGUCCCAUUGAUGGCAUGUUAAAAAUUAAAAGAAAUAAAUCCUAUCGUUUUGCUA